AACUGCGUAAAGUGCGGUGAGGCGAUUACCUCUAGUCGAACUGGCUGCACUGCUCUCGAAAAGAACUAUCACGUGGACUGCUUCAACUGCGGAAAAUGUGGUAAGCAGCUGGCCGGCUUGUCCUUCUACUCGGUCGACGGCAAGCCCUUUUGCGAAGAUGACUAUCUGCAGACUCUUGAGAAAUGCAUCAUUUGCUUGAAGCCAAUUUCUGAAAAAGUAUGUUUAUAUUUAUAAGU